AUGGCCGCUACUCAGGUCGCUCGCAACUCGAGCUUCACCGGCUUUGACGACCUCGUCAAGAUGCCUUCAUCGCCCUCCCUCCAGCCCCGCGCGCGUACCAUCUCCAACGCUGCUUCCUUGGCACCCUCCACUACCUCGACGCCACCCGCCGCCUUCAACAUGCGCAGGGUCGGUCUUGACGAGAACCAGCCUCCUCCUCCUCCUGGCUCUUCCCCCGAGAUCUUCUUCCGCUACUACCUCGCCGUCGAGCUGCGCAAGGCUGGCACUCAGCCCUCCGAGGCUCUCCUCGACCGAUACGUUCGCAACCACUUUGACAGUCUCUUCAAGAACAAGAAUGCUGGUGCUGCUACUGCUACUCCUGCACCUGCUCCUACUUCUUCAGCUGGUGCACUGCCAUCUUCACAGCAGCCUCACGCUUCCACCUCACAGGUCACAGUCGCUGCCCUAGCACGUCCGCCGCCUCCUCAUUCCAAGAUGGCUGCCACCGUUGCCGCACCUUCAGACACUGUUGCUGCUGCUGCUGCUGCUUCUGCACCCACUGCUACCAACGAGGACACCACAAGCCCACCCGAGCUCGACACGACUGACUCUCCUGCACUGUCCGGUCGCAGCUUUUCGCCCGUUGCCACUCCUCCGGCGCUCAACACGGUCAGCGAAGAAGACGCAUUCGUCGACUUUUCCACCGUGUUUGGCGAACCAAGCUCUUCGCUCCUCGACGCCGCCUCGCAACCCAUCAAAUUUGAGGACGACUCUGAUCAAAUGCUCAGCUUCUUCCGCAACUCGCCCUUCCGCACCACCGAUUUCGACUCGGCCACCAUCGACCCGCACGUGGUUGAGAAAGGUGCCAGUGCUGUUGGCGUCGCUUCUAUGCCUCUCACCUCGAUCAGCCCUUCGCACCUGUCCAAUGUCAAUGCGCAGGGCAUCUCACCUUCGCACCUGUCUCUCAAGCAAAGCGACACUGCCACCCCGAUGUCCGAAGACGGAAUGUCGGAAGAGGACGAUGACGACGAGCACGACGACGAUCACUCUCGUCACUCUUCGCCCUCUAAGGGCAAGGCUCUGAGCACCAUCCCCAUGGCGGUGGGCGACAUCAACUACCUCAAGCCCGACCCGGAAGAGUACAAGAAGCUGAGCAGCAAGGAAAAGCGUCAGCUUCGCAACAAGAUCUCGGCCCGCAACUUCCGCACGCGCAGAAAGGAGUACAUCGGCCAGCUCGAGGAGCAGAUUGCCGACCGCGACACGAUCAUCGAGGGUCUCCGCCAGCAGAUCUCGCAGCUCUCGGUCGAGAACAAGUCGCUCAAGGACGAAGUCAAGACGAUCAAGGCUAGGACCAUCUCGAGCCAGGACGUGGGCAAGAUCCUGGAAGCAUUGCAGAGCAUGACAUCGACGGGUGCUGGCGCUAGCGGUUUUGGCAACGCCAGUGCCAUGAGCGGUGGUUUGACCUCGGGACGUGCCAGCCCGACUCAGGAGAACAUGCCUUUGACGCCCGGCGCCUUCCUCAACUUUGGCGGCGCCGACUUUGGGCCGUCGUCGUCCAGCUCAAGACCCGCUACUCCCACGAUGGCCGUUCCGGGCUCGCCAAGGUCGCAGAGCCCUCGACCGUCGUUGCUGCGUGCCAAUACCAAGAAGGAUGUGGCGCCCUCGAGCAGCUUUUGGGGCGGAGUGGGCAGUGGCGUUGGUGCCGGUAGCAGCUUUAUGCCUGUCUGCUGA